ACCUCCACUUCCCACGUCCCUGCUUGGCAGACGUGGAUAAUUGAAGAUAAUUUUGUUCUUUAAAGACGACAACACAUGAAAGACAUUUUCCUCUUGAUUAAAUUUUAUGCAAGGGACAAUCACUUUGUUUGUUGUAGUUUGUUGACAUUCUUGGCAAGCGUCACACCUAAACCUACGCCUGGUACCUAGUAAGUACUUUUCACCGAGCCCUAACCAUUCCUGACACUAGUAGCAAGAGUGAACCGCUGUAGAGCAUCGUUUUAAAACCACACCUGGACAGGUUUGUUUUUUUUGUAGCUAGAAAAAAAUGCCUUGCUCCACCCCUGCACUAUGCGGUUGAGCAAGAUCCUGAGGUUUUUUUUCGCUCUUUUUUUUGUAUCACUGCGAUCUAGGCUAUUGAAAACGUUUUCUUCCCUCUCGACACUGCUGAGGUCCCUAUUAUAACCCGAGACUUCGCUUUGAAGGCUCACUGGGACAUCUCAGCUAAGUGCGAGCGAGAGUGAGGAGUCUCUCCUGCCCUUGGUUCCGGAAAAGCAGGCAGGAAAGCCUGCGUGAGUCAGCCUCACCAUGAACUGGGCAUUCCUUCAGGGCCUCCUCAGCGGGGUCAACAAAUACUCCACGGCGUUUGGCCGCGUGUGGCUCUCCAUCGUCUUCCUCUUCCGCGUCAUGGUGUUUGUGGUGGCCGCCGAGAAGGUGUGGGGCGACGAGCAGAAGGACUUCAAGUGCAACACGGCGCAGCCGGGCUGCCACAACGUGUGCUACGACCACUUCUUCCCCGUGUCCCACGUGCGCCUGUGGGCCCUGCAGCUCAUCUUCGUCACCUGCCCCUCGCUGCUGGUGGUCAUGCACGUGACCUACCGCGAGGAGCGGGAGAAGAAGAACAAGGCGAAGCACGGCGAGAACUGCCGCCGCCUGUACGCCAACCCGGGCAAGAAGCGCGGCGGCCUGUGGUGGACCUACGUCCUGACACUGGUGUUCAAGAUCGGCGUGGACACGGUGUUCGUGUACCUCAUCUACUACAUGUACGAGGGCUACGACUUCCCCUCGCUCGUCAAGUGCGUGGAGGCGCCGUGCCCCAACACGGUGGACUGCUUCAUCGCGCGGCCCACCGAGAAGCGCAUCUUCACCCUGUUCAUGGUGGUCACCAGCAUGGUGUGCAUCCUGCUCUCCAUCUUUGAGAUCGUGUACCUGGUGGGCAAGAAGUGCCGCGAGGGCAUGGUGAAGCUGCACCACCAGCACCGCUCGCACCAGAACCAGCAGGCCAGGGACUUGGGCCCCUCGCUGGGGGGGGGGAAACGCGGGAACCUGGUGGAGGCCAACACUCUGAGGCUGGUGGAGAAGGUUCUCCCCGGCACGCCUGCGCCGUCGUACAGCGUGGCCGUCGCUUCGGACGAGGUCACCCCCAGAUGAGGAGGGCUCGCCACCCGCAUGAGGAGGUCCCCCCCGUCAUGAGAGGGUCACCCCCACAUGAGGAGGUCCCCCCCGUCAUGAGAGGGUCACCCCCCCAUGAGGAGGUCCCCCCUGUCAUGAGAGGGUCACCCCCCCAUGAGGAGGUCCCCCCUGUCAUGAGAGGGUCACCCCCACAUGAGGAGGUCCCCCCCACAUGAGGAGGUCCCCCCAUAUGAGGAGGUCACACCCGCAUGAGGAGGUCCCCCCAUAUGAGGAGGUCCCCCUGUCAUGAGAGGGUCCCCCCCAUAUGAGGAGGUCACGCCCACAUGAGGAGGUCAACCCCCCAUGAGGAGGUCAACCCCCCAUGAGGAGCUGGGUGCACUGCAGGUCUUUUCUGGGACGAUGGACUCCAGGGGGGGUGGCAGUAAACACUACAGAUCAGUCUUUCUUGAGGGCGGAUGGCCCCUUUGGUCCACUGCAAUCCACACCUCUAAACUUCUCCCUGUCCCGCCUUUUGACAAUGGCGCCGGCUACUGUUGCUGUAGUGUUGUUAUGCGCAUUAGCCUCCCGAUGAAUGUUCUGGACUAUGGGAGGAUGGCGCGGUUGUAAUGUAAGCCAUCAGGGAUACAGAUUCUGCUCAUUCUUUAAAGGUUGAGUUGGUUUCAUGUUUACAGACAAGGUUCCAUAACCGUGGAAUAAAAAUACCAAGUUGGUGCGAAAGGAGAGUUGUAGGAUUCGAUCAAAAUGAAAUUUCAAAAGUGGAGUCUGAUUAAAAAUGUUCCUUCCCAUAAAUGCAAUCACUCGUUGCCAUAUCUUAAACGCUACAAUUAUGUUUUUCUGUCACCAGGGCUGUUUUUUGUUCGAGGCCAACAGGCAUCUUACUGACCAGACCCUGUCUGGUCAUGGUUCACACACACACACACACACACACACACACACACACACACACACACACACACACACACACACACACACACACACACACACACACACACACACACACACACACACACACACACACACACACACCCUGAGCAAUGUUUUGAGGUAUACACAUUGAAGACAAGAAAAAAGGGAAGAUGUUCUGGGAAGAUGUUUAUGCAUCAGGAAUUUAUUGAUGUUUAUUUUAUUUUAUUUGAAACGAUGCUUCUUAAACAUUUUUGUAAAUAAAAAAUAUUAUUAUUAUUAUUC